UAGUUAUUGUUUACGCUACAAAGCCAGCGGUCCUUUUAUGGGCUCUAUAAAUCCUCUCAACAAAGGUUUUGAUUCCCUGCUUCCAAUACUUUUAACAAAAUAGCAAAACAUAUCUCCAAAAACGCACUCUCUCUCUCUCUGAAACCUGAAUAAUAUAUUGCAGUCGUUAGGAUCUUGAGAUUUGACUCUUCUUAAAUCUUUGAUUCUGACCAAGUACCAUGAACUUCCUGGCGCCGUUGCUAAUGGCGAUCCCUAGUCCAGUUCAUGUCGUUCUUGUUGUUACUCUAUUGAGCACUUUGGCACCGACAAGUGCAAAUGUGGAAGGGGAUGCUUUGUAUGCUUUGAGGAGAGCUGUGAAGGACCCGGAAAACGUGCUGGAGAGUUGGGAUCCAACAUUGGUGGAUCCUUGUACUUGGUUUCAUGUUACCUGCGAUGGUGAUAAUCGAGUUACACGUCUCGACCUUGGAAAUGCAAAGCUGUCGGGCAGUUUAGUACCCGAGUUGGGAAAGCUGGAGCGUCUUCAAUAUCUGGAACUGUACAUGAACAACUUGGUGGGUUCCAUACCAGAGGAAGUUGGAGGACUGAAGAGCCUAGUGAGCUUGGAUCUCUACCACAACAACCUCACUGGGUCCAUCCCUGCUUCACUUUCCAAGCUCCCUAAUCUAAAGUUCCUGCGACUGAAUAGUAACAGACUGAGUGGAAGAAUACCAAGACAACUUACAAAACUUGGAAAUCUAAAGAUCCUUGACGUAUCCAACAACGAUUUGUGCGGCACCAUCCCUACCUCCGGCUCCUUCGCUAAGUUGUCAGAGGAAAGUUUCAUGAACAACUCGAAACUGGAAGGACCAGAGCUGAUGGGAUUUGUGAGAUACGAUACUGGAGGGUGCAAAUGAUGCGCAGCAAUGCCUCUUUUUGCCAAUUCCAUAUAUUGUCUCUUUAUAUGGAAACGGUUGUGUUACGUAUACUAGUUAUUACUUCGCACAUAAUAGCAGUAAAAGACUACUUGUAUCAAGUAGUUGUCAUCUUUGGGAGUCAAGCCUAAGCCAAUUGUAUCUCCUUUUGCUUGCUGCAAUAUGGAGUUCUUCAUCCACUCUGCAUCUGCUCCUUUGGAUUUAUCAUUUUAUACUAUCAGACAGUAAUUAUUCGUGACAUUCAUCCACAUAGGAAAAAAGAGCUGAAACAUUCUAAAUGCUUUCUUAUCCACAGCACAACCAAACUUGUGAAUGUGCUUGGGCACAAAUUGCAGUGACAGAUGCUGAGAAUCACCAUCCCCAGGAUUAGUUCUCGAUUACAGGAAAACAAAUAAAUGUUGUCAAGCUUUAUAAA